AUGGUUUAUUUGCUGCAGCAAGUUAAGCCUCAGUUGAGUAAAGGUGAUGCAAUGUGGUGUUUGUUAAUGANGUGUUGUUUGCUCGACAGGACGGGUCUAUCGGAAUCAGUUGUUGAUUCGCGUCUAAAGCAUCUUAUUUAUCAUCCGGGUCUUCUUGANCGAAAGAAGAAACAAGCUAUCUUUUNUAAGGGGAAUAAUAGUAGUAGUAAUGUAGAAGGAGUUGAUGGGAGUACUAGUAGUACUGUGAAUGGUGUUGGUGGUGUUAUCGCGCCGGCAUUGUGUAGAUUCCAUGGAGGUUGGGGUUUUGGUAAUGGGAGAGGAGGACCUAAGUUUUCCGGCAACGGGCUAACAGAGCCAAAAAUGUCAAAGAAAGAGCAAGGUACGGCCUAUUUUAGUUCAUGCAUGAACACGUAUAAGCAUCUUCGUGUUAAAUUAUGGGUAAAACCAAAAUUUUGUUNUUGUGAGCAGCCACGUAAGUCGGGGAGUGAAGAAAGUGUCAGUUCAGUACUGGAGAAAUUCCGUGAUCUGAACCUUGAUGACAAUGUUGAUUCAGCACCUGAGGAGCUAAAGGAUGAUGCUUUGAUAGGACUACUUCAUCAGGUUCAGGAUCUCAAAAAGCAACUAAAGGACAGGAAAGACUGGGCUCAGAAGAAGGCAAUGCAAGCUGCCCAAAAGGUCAGCGAUGAACUGGCCGAGCUUAAAACGUUGAGGAGUGAGAGAGAAGAAACUCAACGGUUGAAAAAGGGGAAACAAACUCGUGAGGACUCAACCUUGAAAAAAUUAUCAGAGAUGGAAAAUGCUCUUAGAAAAGCUAGUGGUCAAGUUGACAAGGCAAGCGCUAUAGCCAGGGCACUUGAGCACGAAAAUGCAGAAAUCCGGGCGGAAAUGGAAGCUUCCAAAUUAAGUGCAUCAGAAUCUCUCACGGCAUGCAUUGAAGCAUCGAAGAAAGAGAAAAAGUCCUUGAAGAAACAUGUGGCGUGGGAGAAGCAGAAAAUGAAGUUGCAGGACGAGAUUACAGCUGAGAAGGAGAAGAUUAAGGCACUUCAUAGGGAUUUAGCUCAGAUCACACAGGAAGAAAAAGAAUAUGAGGCGAAAUGGAGGCAGGAGCAGAAAGCUAAGGAGCAAGCUUUGGCUCAAGUGGAAGAAGAACAGCGCUCCAAGGAAGCAACCGAGGCUAGCAACAAGAGAAAGGUGGAAACCCUGCGGUUAAAGAUCGAAAUAGACUUCCAGAGACACAAAGACGAUCUUCAAAGACUGGAACAAGAGCUGUCUCGGCUCAACAAAGCCUCUUCGACUGACACAAGCCUCCAAUCCAAUAACACCUCUCACACAAAGGGGAAAUCAGACAAGUCGAAGGGAGAAGCAAUGUCUAAUAAGCUGCUUGAAGACCUGGAUAAGCUUGAUGGGUCAUAUGAGAAGGAAGCAAACUGUGACCGGGAAUGUUUGAUCUGCAUGAAAGAUGAGGUUUCUGUUAUGUUUCUCCCUUGUGCACACCAAGUUGUUUGUGCGAGCUGCAGCGAUAGCUUCAUGGGCGGUAGCAACGCGACCUGUCCGUGUUGCAGAGCUCCGGUUCAGCAGAGAAUCCGUGUCUUUGGAGCGAGUUCUUAGUAUUAAAAAAAAACCGUUAUCUGGGUUUCCACGAUUAAUCACAGCACAGGUUUCAUAUUGUCUCUUAUCUUCAAUUUGAGGGUUUUGGACUAUUUUGCAUUUGCUUAAAAAUAUUUGUUUUGAGUUGUUGAAAGAAGAUGUUGCCUGGUUUAUGAUCUUCCCAGGAUUCACAAUGUAAGUAAAUAAAAUUCCACUUUCCCUAA